AUGGUAUUUGAGACUAAUACCGCGUACUUUAACAGCAAGUCCGAAAGCGAAAUUGAAGCCAAUGCAAAAGCUUCCUAUAUGAAAAUGGUGUCAGUGAGCGUUGGGGUCAGCUCUUCGUCUGGAAACGUCGAUGAAAGUUUUACAUCUAAUACGAAGUCAUCAAUCAAGUACUAUGGCGGUGAUUUGAACGUUUUAGCUAGCGGAGGUCUAUCUAAAUGGCAGCCAACAGUUGAGGGUGACCCUUGGCUUUUUACUGGAAAGUUGAAGCCUAUUAGCGACCUGAUCAAAGACCCGGCUAAAAGAUUAUCUAUGGAGCGCGCCGUUAAAAAGCAUUUGUUACAAGCUUAUAUUACGGAACAGGAGACACUCAUCAACGUUGCCAGAGCCAAAUCCGACAAUUCUGUAAUUAACUCACUUUUAUCCCGCGUCGCCGCGCUAAAAAGAAAGUAUAAUAACAAUCUUCUCGACAAAUUUAAAACUAUCGUUUACAUUCCACAAAACGACAAUAGCGACAUUGACGCUUUAGCACGCGAUUUACAAGAAUAUGUAUCUGUGCCAUCAUGGUUUUUGACCAACACACAGAUGUGCUUGUAUUGGAAGGGGACAUCGGACUGGUAUCAAUGUAACGGGAAUGGUAAUCAAGGUCUGUGCGCCAUAACCAAUUCUAUGACGCCAUGGUACAUCGACUGGACUAACUGGAGAGCUGGAGGAUGCAUGAUGCAAUGGGCCAUUAUUUCGGCCAACUUUCCAGCCUGGUUUAACGAUGUAAAAAUAUGCUACCAGUUUUACGCCGAGAUUGACAUAAGGCAGUGUGGUGGCAAUGCAGGUGCCGUGUAUUGUGCAAAUGUGAAUAACUACACUCCAGAAUACUUUGACGACACAGGUGACCGUAACGGGGGCUGCAGGAUGCGUUGGAUGCUUCAAGUGCCCGACACAGCCCCGUACUGGAUGAAAGCUGUGCAUAUGUGUUAUAACUGGGUAGCAGAUGGUGAUAUUGCUCAGUGUGGCGGGGGAGCACCAACAAGCCAAUGCGUUGUGGCCAACCAGUGGACCACGUAUUAUCUGGACUACAGUGGAAUGAAAUGGCAGGGUGGCUGUAAAAUGAGUUGGGGCUUAAAAACAGUCUACUGA